AUGUUCAGGGAGCAACAUGAGGUGACCAACCUGGGGUAUCCCCAGAACCCAGGGCCCGUGAGGUCCACCGUGGUCCAGGUCCAGGCUGACACCGUGGUGCCCGACCACAUCGUCUGGUCCCUGUUCAACACCCUCUUCUUCAACUACUGCUGCCUGGGCUUCGUGGCCUUCGCCUACUCCGUGAAGUCUAGGGACCGGAAGAUGGUGGGAGACGUGAUUGGGGCCCAGAGCCAUGCGUCCACCGCCAAGUGCCUGAAUAUCGUAGCCCUGGUCUUGGGCGUCCUUCUGACCAUCGGACUCAUUGUUCUCCUGGCCUUUAUGUUCCCGCCAUACUUUCAUGCAGUGCAGCAGGGCAUGCGGAAUGGUAGAGGCUUCUAGUCGCCGCCAUGGCAGGUGGCCGAUCCUCCCCACCCCCUGCUGGCCCUCCUGGGCGCCCACCCCUUCCCCCUGCACCUGUUGUGCACACACCUGUCUGCAGCUGAGCUCAAUAAAGUGCACCUGUGUGUGACAA